AAGGUCAAAGUUGACUGGCCAUGUGCAGUCUUCAAGCCGUUGCUGCUUAAAUGUUCAUUACUGUUGGCUGAGUGUGUGUUGUGCUUAUUCUCCCGAACAGUUGAUUUAAAUUAUUAAAUAUUAAAUUUAGUUCGGUUUUCUUUUAUUUAUUUAUUUUUUGGCAAGCCACCCAUGUUGUAGUUGGUCUGUCGUGUGUUGUUAGCUGUUCUUUGCGGGAACUUCAUCCUCGCUGAUGUGAUGAAUUACGUCGAUCAUGUCUGCUGGAUCUUUUUGCUAGCUUGACAUGCUUCAAGUCCGAACACUGUUCAGUGCCUUAGUUGACUGCAGACGGAACGGUGCUCUUUUUAAGUUUCUGUGCACAAUGACGAGUGAAGCUCCCACUGAUCAGCAGACAGCUAAGCUGCUGAAAAGGACCAAUGAGCAGAGUGGAGAUUCUGCUGAAGUAGACAACAAAAGAAUUAAAGUAGAGGAAGAACACACAGAAAAUGAAAGGAAAUAUCCAAAGAAAAAAGUGGCUUUACUUCUUGCCUACUCUGGCAAGGGGUACUAUGGGAUGCAGAGGAACCCUGGAACCUCCCAGUUUAGGACCAUCGAAGAUGACCUGGUUUCUGCUCUCGUCAAAUCUGGUUGCAUACCUGGAAACCACGGCGAUGAGAUGAAGAAAAUGUCCUUUCAAAGAUGUGCCAGGACAGAUAAGGGUGUGUCUGCUGCCGGCCAAGUGGUCUCUCUUAAAGUGUGGCUGAUUGAAGAUGUCCUUGAAAAAAUUAAUGAACAUUUACCGCCACAGAUCCGGGUACUUGGGCUUAAACGUGUGACCCAGGGUUUCAACUCCAAAAACAACUGCGAUGCUCGAACCUACUCCUAUAUGCUCCCGACUGUGGCCUUUUCUCAGAAGGACUAUGACGUGGGAAACAUAGCAGCCUUUCGCCUGCAAACAGAGACUCUUCAGAGGGUGAACCGACUCUUUUCCCUUUACAAAGGGACUCAUAACUUCCAUAACUUCACCUCCCAGAAAGCUCCGAGUGACCCGAGCGCCCGCCGGUACAUCACAGAGAUGUCCUGUGGAGAACCUUUCAUCCGCAACAACUGCGAGUUUGCAGUGAUAAACGUGCGAGGUCAGAGCUUCAUGCUGCACCAAAUCCGGAAGAUGAUCGGCUUGGUGAUUGCAGUGAUCAAGGGCUACGCGCAGGAGAAGGUGAUAGAGAGGAGCUGGGGAGAAGAGAAGGUAGAUGUCCCGAAAGCUCCAGGACUGGGCCUGGUUCUUGAAAUGGUUCACUUUGACCGUUACAACAAGCGCUUCGGAGGGGACGGUUUGCACGAGCGUCUGGAGUGGGAUAAGCAGACGGAAGCGAUCAAAGCCUUUAAGGAAGCUUACAUCUACCCCACCAUUGUUGAGACUGAGAUCCAGGAGGGCUCCAUGGUCAGCUGGAUGUCCACGCUCCCGAUCCAUGACUUCAAAGCCACAGCCGCCGAAACCCGAGACAAUAAUGAUCAAAAGCAGAUCAUACCAGACGAGGGGAACAACUCUGAUUAGGACAAGAAAGACACAAAAACUCUCAAUAUAUCAUUUUUGAGUUUUCCUGUUUUUUGUGAAUAAAGCUUAUUCAUUUUUUAUAAUCAUGAGAGAAGAAUAAUCAAAAGGAUUUGACUUAUGUAUUGGAUUAUAAUUGACAAA